GGACUAGAUCAUGUACGGGACGGUGCUUAUUGUUUUUUUAAAUCAUAGUUGACUGUCUAUUGCUGGGCGUUCUCUUAUAACAUAGCCAACCACUACAAUUGAAGACAUUCAUUCCUAAUGGGAUAUCCGUAUCAGAUGGAGAUGGAGGAUAGCAAAGGAGGCACUGGUCUCAGGCAGUAUUACCUGUCCAAAAUCGAGGAGCUUCAGUUAACGGUGAAUGACAAGAGUCAGAAUCUUAGACGUCUGCAGGCACAAAGAAAUGAGCUCAAUGCGAAAGUGCGUCUGCUGCGUGAGGAGCUGCAGCUGCUUCAGGAACAGGGCUCCUAUGUGGGUGAGGUAGUGAGGGCCAUGGACAAGAAGAAGGUGCUGGUGAAGGUGCAUCCAGAGGGAAAGUUUGUGGUGGAUGUGGAUAAGAACAUUGAUAUUAAUGAUGUGACUCCAAAUUGCCGUGUUGCCCUGCGCAAUGACAGCUACACCCUCCAUAAGAUCCUGCCCAACAAAGUGGAUCCCCUGGUAUCUCUGAUGAUGGUGGAGAAGGUGCCUGAUUCCACUUAUGAGAUGAUCGGCGGUCUUGACAAACAGAUUAAGGAGAUCAAGGAAGUGAUUGAGCUGCCAGUCAAGCACCCUGAGCUGUUUGAGGCUCUUGGAAUUGCUCAGCCCAAGGGCGUACUGCUGUAUGGGCCUCCUGGCACAGGGAAGACCCUGCUGGCCCGAGCGGUGGCCCACCACACCGAUUGCACCUUCAUCAGGGUGUCUGGCUCGGAGCUGGUGCAGAAGUUCAUUGGAGAAGGAGCCCGCAUGGUGCGCGAGCUCUUCGUCAUGGCGAGGGAGCACGCGCCCUCCAUCAUUUUCAUGGACGAGAUCGACUCCAUCGGCUCGUCCCGCCUGGAGGGCGGCUCGGGUGGGGACAGCGAGGUGCAGAGGACCAUGCUGGAGCUGCUCAAUCAGCUGGACGGCUUCGAGGCCACCAAAAACAUCAAGGUCAUUAUGGCCACCAACCGUAUCGACAUCCUGGACUCGGCCCUCCUCAGGCCUGGUCGUAUCGACAGGAAGAUUGAGUUCCCCCCUCCGAAUGAAGAGGCCCGUUUGGACAUCCUGAAGAUCCACUCCCGAAAGAUGAACCUGACCCGCGGGAUCAACCUGCGCAAGAUUGCGGAGCUGAUGCCAGGAGCUUCAGGAGCAGAGGUCAAGGGCGUGUGCACAGAGUCUGGGAUGUACGCCUUGAGGGAAAGGAGAGUCCACGUCACGCAGGAGGACUUUGAGAUGGCUGUGGCCAAGGUGAUGCAGAAGGACAGCGAGAAGAACAUGUCCAUCAAGAAGCUCUGGAAGUAGCUCUACAAGGGAUGGUCAGUCUCUGCUCCAGAUGUCCGUUCAACUACAUAUGUAUAUUUCUUUAUCCAUUAGGUUUGGUUUGUAACUGCUAUCCAAUUUAAUUAUCAAUAAAUAGUCAAUCUCUUUA